AUGGCUGACGAAAAGAAAUUAAAUAAAAGUCGUGAUAUAAAAAUAUCCAGUGACGAUGAAAAAUUUUAUACGGCCUGUGCCCGAUAUAUUAAGGAGAGGAACAAAGAUCAUUUCUACAAGGCCACAAGAAUGACCGUCGAAAAUUACAAUUUAUUGUUUGCACUGCUAGAAGAUAAAUUGGAUAGAUUUUCAAACCGAAAACCUAUUGGGGCUGAGACACGUUUGGCAGUAACUGUAACUUAUUUGGCAAAUGAUUGCAGUGUUCAAGUUCUAGCCUCCGUCUACAAUAUGGGAAUUUCAACGGUUCGUAAAAUAAUCGCUGAGACAUGUGACGAUAUUUGGAAUGGUCUAUACCCGGUCUAUAUGUUGCCACCCAACAAACGUGAAUUUAAAGUAAUCGCCAAUGAGUUUUAUGACACAGCUGGUUUGCCGAAUUGUCUAGGUGUCAUUGGCGCAAAGGAUAUACGCAUACCUUGUUCGAAUAAUGCCAAUUCCAAGAAAACCCUAAGUAUUAUACUUUUGACAAUUUGUGAUGCCAAUUACGUGUUUACACACACACAUGUCUGUACAUUAAGUAAUGAAAAUGAGGAAGGCAUACUGGCACAAUGUGAAUUUGGCAAACAAUUAUUGGAUAACACUUUAGAUAUUCCGGCCAAUGAAAUCCUACCCGGAUCAACGAAAAUGUUCCCCUAUUAUUUUGUUGGCGAUCACACAUUUCCAUUGAAAGAGAAUUUAAUGCGACCAUAUCCGGGAAAUAAUUUAACACAAGACAAAGAGAUUUUCAAUGCAAUGCUAUCCAACGUUCAGGGACUUUUGGAAAAUGCCUUUGGAAUUCUGGCCAAUCGAUGGAAUGUAUUGCACACAAAAAUUAAUUUAAAUCCUGAAACUGCAGAAAAACAUAUUUUAGCUACGGUGGCCCUACAUAAUUUUCUAAUGACAAAAAAGGAUAGUAAUUAUUUUACUACAGAUCUGGUUGAUCAUCAAAGCGUUGAUCAAGAAAUUUCUGGAAAAUGGAGAGAAGAAAACGGAUAUCUUCCAACAUAUCCGUCACCAUCGGCAAAUCGUUCAUCAUCGAAAGCAUUUUUAUUACGCGAAGAAUUAAAAGACUAUAUUCAAAAUAAUUUGGUAUAA